CGAGGAUGAUCUAGCGGAUUUCCCCUGCAUUACCACCUGGUUAUCGGAGCUCCGUUGGAUCACUGAACUUGAAUGCAUGAGUAUACUUCAGGGAAAGCCACUGAGCCCCAGUGCUGGCCAGGACUCUCUAUCAUCCCAGGUCCAGACGUACAGAGAUGCUAUAGACAGAGUAAAAUAUGAGGCCAACAAAAUUACUGAAGGAUUUGAUACCUUAUUCAAGUGUUUUGACUCCAACAAAUGGACUGCGCUGAACCACCAGACAAUGGAUAUGACCUGCAACAUACGGAAGCUGAUCCAGCUGUGUAAUUCUCAUGUUUCAGAUGUACCCGCAUAUAUUCGGGAGCAACAAGAGGUUGUCAUGGGAGAAUCUGCUAAACUUGUUCAACAAACCACAAGUGCUGCAGAACACAAUCUGGUGCAUCGAGUGCCCCUGGUCAACCAGCUGACAUUUCUCGGACAGUCCUUCAGUCGACUUGUGGACUCAACCUUGGGCUAUCUGGUGCAGAAACUUGUGGAAAUGCUGGAGACUUCCACUGGGAUGUCAGCGCUUCACGUUGUCAUCAAUAACGUCAUCACUCUGGGACUGGAGGGAGAACACAUGUGUUAUCUCAUUUCUCGGGAAGGAGGUGUGCGAGCCCUGCUAGAUGUGUGUAGACGAGAAAAUGUGGCAUUUACUAGAUCAAAGGCUUUGAGAGCCCUGGCCACCAUCUGUUGUGCUCCUGAAUGUGUUGCUGAGCUGGAAAAAGAGAACGGCAUUGACCUGUUGCUAGAUAUUCUGACAGACUCCAGCGUGGUGGAGUCAGUCCAGGGAGAAGCCGCUGGUGUUAUUGCUCAGAUCACCUCUCCGGUUCUGGAUCAGAACCAGCAGUUGUGCCGGUUUGCCAAAAGCAUGCAGAUGAUAUUGACAGCCUUGUUGGGUUUGUGUGAAAGGACUGAGGGGCACGAGACAUUCCUGCUAUCUGCUGCUGCCAUUGCUAACAUCACAUUCAUAGAUCCGUCUGCCUGCGGUGUCCUUCAGGAAAUGAAAGCCCCCCAACUGCUUAUCAAAGCUUGCAUGUGCAGAAAAGCACGAUCUCUCUUUGCCAAAGAUCAGAUUGCCACCAUUUUAGCCAACAUGGCCGCUAUCGCAGGAUGCCAGGAAUGCAUUCGCCACUGCGGUGGCCUUGACCUUUUAGUCAGUUUUUUGCACCAGAAGCCUUGUCUGUUGUCAAGCACCGCGGAGAGGUCAGCCUGUGAGCGUGUGCAGCAGAAGGCAGCCAUUGCCCUGAUGCGUCUCUGCCAGGACACCAGGCUGACCUACAGUGUCAUCAGACAGAAAGGCAUUCCAAGAUUGAUAGAGCUGUGUCGUGACUCACAGGCAAGGAAUAACAGUGAUGCUGUCUUGGUGGCUUGUUUGGCUGCGCUGCGUAAAGUCUGUACUCUCUAUGGUCGCGAUGGCAUAUCCAGCCUAGACUACCAACAGCUCGUCACGCCACAGCUCAUGGACUCAUUCCUCAUGUGCUCCCACAGUGACGAGAACUUUGUGUGA